UUAUAAGGGGAGCUGCGGGCCGAUCUUCUCGGCAGUCCUCUCCUCCAACUCAGCCCUUGUCCCACCCCCUUUGUUUCCUUGCUCAUCCCUGAGCAGCUGGCGGGAUCCUGCAGAGAGCGAGCAAGACCAAGACGCAAGGAGCCCGAGAGAGAGGUGUGGGGAAAGCGAAAGGCGGCUGCCAAACCAGGGGACUCUUUCCAAUUCCUUUUAAAAAGGAAGUCAGCUGACGGGAGUUAGUUAAAUUUCACAUCCUCUUAUGUGUAACCCUCGACUUCGGAAACAGAAAUGAAGUUUGCCGAGGAGGAGAAGGCCAAGAGAUACUGCAUCAGAGGAAAACAUGUGGCCAUCAUCUGCGGCGUGGUGGUGGCUGUGGGACUAAUCGUGGGACUUUCCGUGGGCUUGACCAGAUCGUGUGACUCCUCGGCAGACUCUGGCCAGGGCUCAUCCCCGUCUCCUUCCCAGUUUCCAACCUCUGCCAGUCCCUCCGAUCGUCCUCCACAGGACCAGGGGGUCUGCCCUGCCAGUGAAGAUGACAGUGGAGAGUGGAAAAAUUUCAGGCUGCCGGCGUCCAUCAACCCCGUACACUAUGACCUGGAGAUGAGGCCCCAGCUGGAGGAGGACACGUACACGGGCACAGUGACCAUCUCCAUCAACGUGAGUUUGCCCACCCAACACCUGUGGCUGCACCUGCGGGAGACCAGGAUCACCCAGCUGCCGCAGCUGAAGAGACCCUCCGGCGAGCAGGUGCAAGUUCGGCGGUGCUUCAAGUAUGAGACUCAUGAGUACUUGGUCGUCGAGGCGGGGGAACAGCUUCCAGCCACCACUGGCGAAGCUUACUACCUCUUGACCUUGGAGUUCGCUGGCUGGCUGAACGGCUCCCUCGUGGGGUUUUAUAAAACCACGUACACGGAGAACGGACAAACAAAGAGCAUAGCGGCCACGGAUCAUGAACCAACAGAUGCCAGGAAAUCCUUUCCCUGCUUUGAUGAGCCCAACAAAAAGGCAACUUAUACAAUAUCUAUCAUCCACUCCAACGAAUAUAGAGCACUUUCAAAUAUGCCAGUAGCGGAACAAGUGCCAGUGGAGGGCAACUCGAUUCGAACAACUUUCCAGAAGUCUGUCCCCAUGAGCACGUACCUGGUGUGCUUUGCUGUACAUCAAUUCACGACUGUAGAGAGAAGAUCAGAGAGUGGAAUACCUCUUACUAUUUAUGUCCAGCCUGAGCAAAGUCAUACAGCUGAAUAUGCUGCAAACAUAACUAAAAUUGUGUUUGAUUAUUUUGAAGACUACUUUGGUGUGAGUUACUCUCUUCCUAAAUUAGAUCAAAUCGCUAUUCCAGACUUUGGCACUGGUGCGAUGGAGAACUGGGGACUCAUCACUUACAGAGAAACCAACUUGCUUUAUGACCCGCAGGAGUCAGCCUCAUCAAACAAGCAGAGGGUGGCGACUGUGGUUUCCCAUGAACUUGUACAUCAGUGGUUUGGAAAUAUUGUGACCAUGGACUGGUGGGACGAUUUGUGGCUAAAUGAAGGAUUUGCUUCUUUCUUCGAGUUCCUGGGAGUAGACCAUGCAGAAAGUGAUUGGCAAAUGCGUGACCAGAUACUAACUGAAGAUGUAUUACCUGUACAAGAGGAUGAUUCUUUAAUGUCAUCACACCCGAUUGUUGUCACUGUGUCAACCCCUGCUGAAAUAACAUCUGUUUUUGAUGGAAUAUCCUACAGUAAGGGAGCUUCCAUUCUGAGAAUGCUUGAAGACUGGAUAACACCUGAGAGAUUUAAAGAAGGAUGCCAGAUUUACUUGAGAAGAUUCCAUUUUCAAAAUGCAAAAACUUCAGAUUUUUGGAAAGCACUGGAGGAGGCAAGUAACCUUCCAGUGGGAGAAGUGAUGGACACUUGGACCAGACAGAUGGGUUAUCCUGUGCUUAAUGUGAACAACGGGAGGAACAUCAUACAGAAGCGCUUUCUGUUGGACUCAAAAGCUGAUCCUUCCCAGCCACCUUCAGAUCUUGGUUACACAUGGAAUAUUCCUGUAAAAUGGACUGAGAACAAUGAAUCAAGUACUAUAGUCUACAAUAGAUCAGAAAGUGGAGGAAUUAUUUUGAACCCUUCUAAUUCUGGUGGAAGUUCUUUUGCCAAAAUAAACCCAGAUCAUAUUGGGUUUUAUCGUGUAAAUUAUGAAGAAGAAACUUGGAACACGAUAGCUGAAAAUCUUUCCUCAAACCACGUGGACUUUUCUUCUGCUGACCGUGCGAGUUUUAUUGAUGAUGCUUUUGCCUUGGCAAGAGCUCAACUCCUAAAUUAUAAAGUGGCUCUGAACCUGACCAAGUAUCUCAAAAUGGAAAUGGAUUAUUUGCCAUGGCAAAGAGUCAUUUCGGCUAUAACCUACAUCAUUAGCAUGUUUGAAGAUGAUAACGACAUAUACCCACUGAUGCAGGAUUACUUCAAAGAUCAAGUGAAGCCUGCUGCAGACUCUCUGGGAUGGGAUGAUACUGGAGACCACCUCACAAAGUUACUGCGUGCCUCCGUGUUAGGGCUCGCGUGCAGGAUGGGCGAUACGGAAGCCUUGAACAACGCCUCCCAGUUAUUUCAGGAGUGGAUAAAUGGGAGACAGAGUCUUCCUGUCAACCUCAGACUCCUGGUGUAUCGCUAUGGGAUGUACAGCUCCGGCAAUGAGACUUCCUGGAACUAUACUCUUGAUCAAUACCUGAAAACCUCCUUAGCGCAAGAAAAAGAAAAACUGCUCUAUGGAUUAGCAUCAGUAAGGAAUGUUACUCUUUUGUCAAGGUAUUUGGAUUUGCUCAAGGACUCAAACUUUAUUAAAUCUCAGGAUGUGUUUACAGUCAUCCGAUAUAUCUCCUAUAAUAACUAUGGGAAGAGCAUGGCCUGGAACUGGAUACAACUCAACUGGGAAUAUCUGGUUAACAGAUUCACAAUCAAUGACAGAAAUCUUGGCCGGAUUGUCACCAUAGCAGAGCCAUUCAACUCUGAACUGCGACUCUGGGAGAUGGAGAGCUUUUUCGCAAAAUACCCCAAUGCGGGAGCAGGAGAAACACCUAGGCAACAAGUCCUGGAGACGGUGAAAAACAACAUUGAGUGGGUCAGACUCAACAGAGGCGCCAUCAGAGAGUGGUUUACUGACUUCGCUAGGAAUGAAUAGUGUCUUCAGAUGUUAUGUGUUGAUUGUGUGAAUCUGCGGUUUCUCCUGUCAGGCAUUUGGUGGCCUGAUUGACGAGCACUACAGAGGAAGCCUUAUCAAUAGAUACUGCUUUCCUAAGUACUGUAUUUAUGUGUCUUGGAAAGCUUUCAAAUUGUCCCUCUCUCUCUCAUUCUUUUUUUUUUUUUUUUUUAUGAAGGAAGAUACUAAUGGAGUAUUUAAUACACUCAGGGAUUUCUUCUAAGUGUACUUCAUGGGAAACUCUUUACCAAUGUAAGGCAAUUUAAUAGUCAUUUUAAUGUCUUUAAAUAUCAUCCUUUGUAUCUUAAAUCUGUGAAAAGAGAACAAUUUGGUCUUAGCUUUACGUUUCUAGUACCAAAGAAACACCACUUAAUCUUCUGUCUUGAUUGAUUUUUAAAGUUUAAAUACCAGUACUUGAGGGACCAAUAUUACCAUCUUAAUCUUUAUUUUAUCAUUCAGAAUUACACAGACCUAAUAUCAUUUUAUUCACAUAUGUCUUACUACUUUAAAUCCUACCAAAGUAAGCUGGGCUUAAACUUUGCUUGAAGAUUGCGUGAAUUAGCCAAGAAAUGGCUGACUGUUGCCUUUACUCUGAAAAAACCAACAAAUGAACUCCUCUCUUUUUUAAAAAUAAAUCUGAAUGAUUAUCUUUUAAAAAUUCUGUUAUCCAGUGUCACUUUACUCUUGAAUAAAAAUGAGUAUGGCAUUCCCCCCAAAUAAUUUAGCACAUUGCAAAUAUGAUUGAAGAACCCACCUUUUCAUGCCUGGUACUCUGUCAUCUUGUUUAUUCCUUACAAAGCUCCUCCGGAUAUGCUAUGAAAUUAGAGGGACCACAGUGCUUAACUUGACUCCAUGGAUCCUAGAGAAAAAGGGCAAAUAAUUGGAAAGUGUUCAAGAAAGAAGGAAAGUAAAUUUGUACGUAAAUCUAAAUGGAAUUAGAAUUUAGUUUGGACCUCAUCUAGCAAACAAAGUGUGAAAAUAGGAAAACUUGUGGAUGUCUCCAGCAUGACUCCACAUAUGUGAGGCUAUCUUCUUACAGAUAUAUUUUAUGUAUAAACCUUUACAUCCUAAUCCAUACAGAUUAGCACUGAUCAAGUUUAUAUGCAAGACGUGAUUAAAGAAAUCACUUUUGUAGAAGCUGUAGGCAAGAAUAUGUUUAAUAUGGGACUUGAUGCCUGACAUGUCUACAGUAUGAGUCAAAUAGGCAGAAAAGAUGGCAGAUGGCUAUGUUCCAGUCCUGUCUCCAGAAAACCUGAAUGAUUUGAAGUCAUGAAAACAAGACAAUUUAGAUUUGACUUGAUGAGAAUCAAAGCACCUGGGAACCAUCAAAAUCUUAGCUUUGACUUCAUUUAUGCAGCAAUACACCCUAAUCCUGUGUUCUGAAUCUGUAGAACCUUUCCUACUGCUUUUUCCUAAUUGUCACUUUCUUAAUCUGUGCAUCCAACCUAGAAGAUUCACAUAGAGACUGGGGAGGAAAAAAGGCAAAAAAAAAAAAAAAAAGAAAAAAAAAGAAAGAAAUUUCCAGACAUUUUAAAAAGAUUACUUGAAAUUAUUUCAGAAGCAAACGCCUGUUAACAUCAUAAAUCAUUAGGAAAUUUUUGGAGGGAUGAUACUUGUAAAUAAAAGAGAUUCCGACUUUUUUAAAGUGA